GGCCUGACGAGGUACAGCGGGCGACCUGCCAAAGGGAACAUCGGUGUGGAAGUUGCUGUAAGAGCUGCCAGCGGCUCAGUCUGGCGACGGCACAACGAUGGUGCUGAUGAUGACAGCAACGACAACAUCAACGUAAGCCCGCAGGCUCGCUGUUUCGACCGAAGGAGUGUUUUUCACGCGGAGUGUUCACACAUACAAACACAAAUAUAUAUACAGGGACGCGCGCUUUCUUGCUUGGCUAUUCUGACUGGCAUGGAUUACAGUGACUGUGUGUACGUGUGCCUGCGGAGGGACAACUCCAGUCAGCCGUGGGGUUUUCGUCUCAUGGGGGGCUAUGACCAGGGCCAGUAUUUGUACGUUGCCAAGGUCAACCCCCGGAGUCUCGCCGAGAAGUUUCACCUGCGGCCAGGUGAUGGCGUCAUGCGGAUCGGACAAGUGCCAGCGCUGUACCUCAACCAUGACCAGGCCAAAGCGGAGAUCCUGCGAGCCGGCAACGAGCUGGAACUGAUGCUAAGGAGAGGGGCAGUACCAGAAGCCAUGACGUCACCAGGGUUCGAGCCCAAGGCCAACACCCGGGCUGUGGUGGAGGAGGAGCCAACUCAGUACAGAGGGCGCCGCAAUCCCACCACACAGAGCAGAUGUUUCCGCAUCCUCACAGAUGCCCUUGUGGAAGACAUAAACGAGAACUAAGAGAUUGAGAGAGCCAACCGCCGUCUGACUGAGCCCCGGAUGUCAGCUCCAUAAUGACGUCACAGCACUGGCAGGAACACGGAUGUUGCUGCUGCCACUGCUUCUUAUCACGUGACACAGACAAAGCCGUUCUACCCUCUUCAUAAGUGACCGCCAACGGGUUCUAGGUCUGUGCCACCUUGUAAUGUGUGUUUGGAACUGAAAUACAGACUCACUGAUUCCAUUCCUGCAAUAAUCACGCGCCUUUCAGUUUUCUGUCAACGGCUGAGAAGAUAAUUUCGCCUUUUUUUUUUUUAAAGUGUGGAAUAACAACACAAACAUCCAUCUUACUUGCAACUCGUCUCUCUCGUGUAUUUUCACAAGAGUAUGAGUUGGCUGGGGGAGAGGAUUAUAUUAUUCAUCCCUCUUUCAUCACUUUUGAUCUCCUAAGUAAAUGUUUGGUGGUUUUCCUAAGUCCUACUCCCAGCCCCUUAUCGUUCCCGUACUGUCCAUUACACCAGUACCUUGUGUGAAGAAAAGAGGUGAUAUAUAUAUAUACUGUAUAUAUAUAUAAAGGACAGGUUAUAGAGUUUCUCUUCCUGAUGUCAGGUGUAAUAGUUACUUUAACCAACUAUGAGCCAAAAUAGAAACAGAAGGGCGAACACCAACAUGACCAGUUUUUUUUUUUUUUUUUUUUUUUCAGGGUAACCUCACAUUUCUUGUACAUUUAUUUAUUUGCCACUUCUUUUUAGAUAGUUCUUCUUUUGAGGUAGAAAAAUUAUGGAAGCUAAUUAUCAUCUCCUGACUCCGUUUACAGUUCCUUACAUUCCAGCGUCCUUUGUUCAAAGUAUAAAUUUUAGGCCAGCUUAAAGAAAUACAAAUAGCAAUGACUUCAUAAUAUAAAGAAACAUAUGUCAGAAACCAUAGUAAUACUCGAAGAACACAGUGUUUCUCAACAAAGUAAAUCCUCUAGGAGAACUUAAUAAUGUCUGUAAACAUUUUUUAUGCUUGUUCGGCCGAUGAAAAAAAAAAUCUUUUUUCAUUGACAUGAUUAUUAACUGUCGAUUUCAGUAUUCUGAAAGGCUUCUGCUUGCUGAUAUUCUGAUAUCCUUGAGAGUGAGCUGUAUUCAUGAACUGAUUAUGUUAUUGUGUAUUUCAAGAUGUGUAUUUCUUGAUGUCUUAAUGGACUGUUUGUAACCCUUGUCGGUCAUGCUAAGCAAAUAAAUAUUACCGGUUAAAAAAAAA